AUGGCGAAUCGCACGGAGAAAACUGCUAAAACUGUUAAAGGAACAAAUCCUCAGUUUUUGGUGGAGAAAAUCAUCAGACAGCGUAUUUAUGACAGUAUGUAUUGGAAAGAACAUUGCUUUGCACUUACAGCUGAACUCGUCGUUGACAAAGGAAUGGAUCUUCGUUAUAUCGGAGGAAUCUACGCUGGAAACAUCAAACCCACGCCAUUUCUCUGUCUUGCUCUCAAAAUGCUACAAAUUCAACCGGACAAAGACAUUGUACUGGAAUUCAUUCAACAAGAAGAAUUCAAAUACAUCAGAGCGUUGGGUGCAAUGUACCUUCGACUGACAUUCGAUUCCACAGAAAUCUAUAAAUAUCUAGAACCAUUGUACAAUGAUUUUCGCAAGCUUCGAUUCAUGAACAAAAUGGGUCGAUUCGAGGCAAUCUACAUGGAUGAUUUCAUCGAUAACCUGCUCCGGGAGGAUAGAUACUGUGAUAUCCAGCUGCCACGCCUCCAACGGCGAUGGGCUCUCGAAGAAGUAGACAUGUUACCACCGUACAAAUCACUUCUUGAUGGGGAUCUUGUUGCGAUGUCUGAAUCUGAUGAGGAGGAAGAAGAGGAAACGAAGAAGGAGAAACCACGAUUGACUUCAAGAAGACGUAGUCGUAGUCGUGAUCGUGAAAGAGAAGUUGGUGACAGACGAGAAGUACGGGAACGAGAGAAAAUGAGAGAACGUCGAGAAAGAGGAGACGAUGAGCCAGGCCCAAGCAGCUGUUUGAAAGAUCGGGAUGAACGAAGAAAGGAUCGUGACAGAAGUCGUGAGAGAGAUCGCAGAGACAGAAAAGAUGAUGAGCGACGAGAUCGGAAGAAGGAGUCGUCUUCUCGUCGUGGUGCUGACAAUGAUGAAGACCGCGAGAUUGCAGAGGCGAAUGCUCUCCGUGCAAAACUUGGAUUGGCUCCCCUCGAGCGAUAA